CGAAACACGGCAUCACGCCACCGAGGGGACGACGAUAGCCACUUUGCAACUCGGAUACGCUUCUCUUCUUCGUUUUGCUCUGUUCCUUUCUUGCUCUGCUCUGUUCGGAGAGUCGGAGGUGGGGAUUGAUUGGUUGACAUGGUCCAACACCAUCGGGCCAGCCUGCUCUUGCACCAGCAGCAGCGGAAUGGGGAGGAGGAGGGGCAGCAGGUGACGGCCGAGGAGGGCGUCGGCAAGAUGAAGGAGCUCCGGCGCCGCCUCGUGGACUACGCGUGCCACCACCGGAAGCACGGGCACGACGCCCUGCUGCGGAUGCUCGCGGGAUUCGCGCUCGUCUCCUGCCUGCUGCUGCUUCUUCCCGGGAGCCCCUUCUCCGCCGCCGUCGACGACCUGCUGCAGAUGGGGAGGACGCGCCUGGACGAUGAGGCGGCGCCUGCGCCUGCACCGCCGUGCGCAGCCGUAGCCAACGGCACCAUCUGCUGCGACCGCACCGCGAUGCGCACCGACGUGUGCGUCAUGCGCGGGGACGUCCGGACGGAGGCCGCCUCCAAUUCGAUCUUCUUGCUCGUGCCGCCGGACAACUCCACCGCCGCCGCUGCUGCUGGCCAGUAUGAGCGCAUCCGCCCUUACACCCGGAAGUGGGAGUCCAGCAUCAUGAGCACCAUCGAUGAGCUCCGGCUCCGCGCCGUGCCGGAGUCAGCCAAGGCGCCAGCUAGCUGCGACGUCCGGCACGACGUCCCCGCUGUCGUGUUCUCCACCGGUGGGUACACCGGCAACGUGUACCACGAGUUCAACGACGGCAUCAUCCCGCUCUACAUCACCGCGCGCCAGUACAACAAGAAGGUGGUGUUCGUCAUGCUCGAGUACCACGACUGGUGGAUGACCAAAUACGGCCACAUCGUUGAGCAGCUCUCCGAUUACCCGCCAAUCGACUUCACCAACGACCGCCGCACCCACUGCUUCCCGGAGGCCAUCAUCGGGCUGCGCAUCCACGACGAGCUCGCCAUCGACGCCGCGAGAAUGCCGAGCAACAGGACCAUCCAGGAUUUCCGUCGGAUGCUCGACGACGCGUACCGUGGCCGCGUCCAGACGAUCAUCGAGGAGGAGGAGAAGGCCGCGGCGGUGGCCUUGGGGAUGGCGACCCAUGGCAGCAUCAAGAAGAAGAGCGCGCUCAAGGACAACAAGCCGCGGAUGGUGAUCGUGUCACGGAACGGGUCGCGCGGGAUAGAGAACGAGGACGAGCUAGUGCGCGCCGCUGUCGGCGCCGGGUUCCGCGUCGCUGUGCUCCAGCCGCGGCAGGACACGGAGCUCGCCAAGAUGUACCGCGCCCUGAACGCGUCGGACGUCAUGGUGGGCGUGCACGGCGCGGCGAUGACGCACUUCCUCUUCAUGCGGCCGGGCUCCGUGUUCAUCCAGGUCGUUCCGCUCGGCACCGACUGGGCCGCCGAGACGUACUACGGCGAGCCCGCGCGGCGGCUCGGCCUGCGGUACAUGCCGUACAAGAUCAAGCCGGCGGAAAGCUCGCUGUACCGGGAGUACGCCAAGGAUGACCCGGUGCUCACCGACCCGGACACCGUGAACGCCAAGGGGUGGCAGGUCACCAAGAAGGUGUACCUCGACGGCCAGAACGUGCGGCUGGACAUGGCAAGGUUCCGCCGCCGGCUGCGCGACGCGUACGACCACUGGGUGGAGCAGAGCAGCGAGACGGAACAGAGGAAACCAUGGUAGAGGGGUAGUAGUUCUUUUGGUACAUAGCACUAUACCAUUACAUGUUAAAUCAAUAUACUGUAUAGAGAGAGAUUCAUGAGAGGGAGGUUAUUGCUUUUGCUUACCUGCCGCAAUGUUUGAUGGGAUGAGUGACAUUUGUGCAUGGACACAGACUUAGUCCCACCGUUCCAAAAUAAA